UAAGCCAAACGCGAACCGGAUAAGUCACUCGUACGCAACAAUCGUAUUUUCGUUACCAUAGUAUUGACGUUUUGCGCGGACUAUUUUAUUUUUAUUCCACUAUAGUGAUAACAAUAAAUGUACGAGUACAGCUAUUUUGAAAAUAAAUAACGCGCAGGCACGUUGGCAAAUUCGUAUUCAAGAAAAACUAUCUACGUCCACCAAACCGCGGAAAACGGCUAUCAAAAGAAAAAAAAAAGACUCGAGAAGCAUGAACUUGACGACCACCGACGCCGACCGGUCGUUUAUUUCACUUCAACAGUCGGCUCAACCUAUUUUCUCUCUGACCGAUCCGAGAAUGGGAAACCUUCAUUUGAACACCGAUAACGACAAUAGGGACGUGGUCGAUUCGACUGGUUACGGAAUGAGAGACCGGCCUUUGUCGCUGUGCAUGUCGUCAGCGUGCGCCGCGCAACAAGUACCGGUGUCCGCGUCGAGGACACCGCCGUCGUCCGUAGCGGCCCAUUACAACAAUUCAGCCGGCGGUGGACAACAGGCGUCCACGUUGAAAACAAAGACAUUGGGCCUGACGUGCGUAGUUUGCGGGGAUACGUCCAGCGGCAAGCACUAUGGGAUAUUGGCGUGCAACGGAUGCAGCGGUUUCUUCAAGAGGAGCGUUCGCCGCAAACUUAUCUACAGAUGUCAAGCGGGCACUGGGAGUUGUGUGGUAGACAAGGCGCAUCGAAAUCAAUGUCAAGCGUGCAGGCUGAAGAAAUGUCUAAACAUGGGAAUGAACAAAGACGCCGUCCAAAACGAACGUCAGCCUCGAAACACUGCAACAAUACGACCGGAAAAUUUAGCUGACAUGGACCACGAGCGAGUGAUUAGGGAAGCUGCUGUGGCCGUUGGAGUUUUUGGGCCAUGUCUUUACAGACCUCCGGUUUCUGUUGCCUUAGCGUUGUCUCCGUUGAGGUACCAUCCGAGUGGACCAAUAGCGCCGCCAAACGUGCAGCGUCCCGCUGAACCAUCGCCUACCGCUUCUUCGUCUCCAAAACAAGAAUCUCAAGACCAAGACGACGAUGACAGCAUAGACGUUACCAACGAGGAACCGGACACGUCAGAAAACAAAAGGACAUCUCCGGCAAUACCAAUACCGCUCACUCAACAUCACUCGAUUUACGACCACCACACGUCCUUCUAUCCGGGUCUCCACGAAAAUGUGUAUGAAACGUCCGCCCGAUUGCUGUUCAUGGCCGUUAAGUGGGCCAAAAAUUUACCUUCGUUCGCGUCUCUACCAUUUAGAGAUCAGGUAAUACUUUUAGAAGAAUGCUGGUCGGAACUAUUCUUGUUGAACGCAGUCCAGUGGUGUUUGCCGUUAGAAAACAAUCCACUGUUUAACCCAUCGGAUCACGUAGCGGCCAUUCCAAACGGUAAGGCUAGUCAAGUGGCCGCCGACAUUCGGAUAUUGAACGAGACUUUGCGCAGAUUCAGAACCAUUAGCGUUGACCCAGCAGAGUUUGCUUGCAUGAAGGCAAUAGUUUUAUUUAGAGCAGAUACAAGAGGAUUGAAGGAUCCCAUACAAGUGGAAAACCUACAAGACCAAGCUCACGUCAUGUUGGGCCAACACACUAGAAAUCAACAUCCCGGGCAACCGGUGAGAUUUGGUCGCCUGUUAUUAAUGUUACCACUACUGAAAACCGUACCAGCCGUUCGUAUUGAAGCGAUAUUCUUUCAAAGAACUAUUGGCAAUAUACCCAUGGAAAAAGUCUUAUGCGACAUGUAUAAAAACUGAAAUAAAUAUGUUAUAGUUAUUUCUUUACUACUUUACUGCCUAACUUAUAUUAGCUUUGCGGUAGUCACUAGCCUAGAACUGCCUCAUACUCGUUCGUCGACAGAUGCUGUUGCUGUCUGCUGAUGUAUGUAAUUAUUUCUCCUUGGAGUGCUGUAUUUUAAUAUUAUCUUCUCAACUAUAUAUAUACUAUACUAAAUAUAUUAUUGCUGUGUAUUAUAUUUAGUCAUUUUUCAAGUAUUAUAUAACAUAU